CGCCGCUGUUGCGCACUUCCCCACCACCCACGUGCACCAACAACACGCCCAAACUACAUCAUACCUCGUUCACACACAUCCACGCGCGCGCACACACACAUCCACGCAUACACGUCCACGCACGCCCACAUCCACGCACACACUCCGAUCUCCACAUCACCACACACCACAGCGAACCAUGUCAACGAGGAAAGAGCCCACGGAUCUGCUCGAGGAAGAGCUGCAGGAGCUGCGGCAUGAGCAGGCCGCGUUGCCCUCCCACAAUCUCAAGGAUGAGGACUUUGACGAUGAAGACAACGCUGAUGAUGAUGACGAUGAUCAUGACUACAACGAGGAUGGUGGCCACGAUGACGACUACGAUGACGACGGUGAUGACUAUGAUGACGAUGGCGAUGCCCGCAACGCAGGAAAGGCCGGGCGACACAACGGAUGGGUGCCGCCGGGGGCUGACAACCAGGGCGGGGAUGAGGAUGUGUUUGGAACAGACCUUGAUGAGCACUUCUACAUCCCACGCCGGCUUGAGGACAAGUGUGCUUCCCUCGUCGAGGCCGUCAACGACUUCCACUUUGCCAUGCUCAACGACAGCCAACGCAACGACUUCUACCGCCAGGCGCUCGCGCGCCAAGUGAAGCCUGGCGAUGUGGUGCUCGAGAUUGGCACGGGGUCUGGGUUGCUGGCCAUGCUUGCGGCCUCCGCUGGCGCCAAGCACGUGUACACAAUCGAGGCCAACCGCCACCUUGCAGCGCUGGCCCGCAAGAUCAUCCGCGCCAACAACCUCCAAGACAAGAUCACCGUCAUCAACAAGCUGUCCACCAACGUGCACGUUGGCCACGACUUUCCGGAGCGCUGCGAUGUGCUCGUGUCGGAGAUCCUGGGCACGCUGCUGCUGGGCGAGAGCGCGCUGCAGUUUGUGGCGGACGCGCGCCGGCGGCUGCUGAAGAAGGACGCGGCCAUCAUCCCGCGGGCCGGGCGCCAGUUCAUCUCCCUCGUGCAGUCCAACGAGCUGCGGCAAAUCACCUCCGUGCAGAAGUGGGAAGGGUUUGAUCUGCACGAGUUCAACGCACUCCAGGACACGGUGUCACUGGUGUUCACUAAGCAAUAUGGGUUCCGCUUCAGCUCUGUCAAGCACGACCUGCUUGUUGCGAAGCAGCAGGUGUGCGACGUUGACUUUACCCGUGAUGGGCCAGGCUCCCUUGGCGAAGAGGUGAUCAUCCCAAUUGUUGCCGAGGCAGACGGCACCGUGGAUGCCGUGCUCACAUAUUGGGAGGCAUACGGCGACAAGGACGAGCAGCUGGUCAUGUCGACGGAGCCCGAGGCAACAAAGGACAACUUUGCGCGGGACAUGCAGUGGGGCCAGGCGCUGCAGCUGGUGGAGGACCUCGACAACGAGGGCGACGAGCCAAAGCCGUUUGUGGUGUCAAAGGGCGAGAGGAUUGAUCUCAUCGUUCGCUUCUCAGAGGACAGCGCCGUCAUGCAGUUUGCCCUCUCCCGCCCACAGCACGCCGCGUGACACAUGAACCCGUGCCUGUCUGUGUGUGUGUGCCUGUGUGUGCGUGUAUGUGUGUGCCUGUGUGUGUGUGCCUGUGUGUGCGUGUAUGUGUGUGCGUGUGUGUGUGUGCGUGUGCGUGUAUGUGUGUGCGUGUGUGUGUGUGU